AUGGAUCAUCCAGACUCUUACAAUGGUAAGUCUGGGUUUAAAUAUUUUUCAUCCUUUAUGUCCCUAAACGAGUCAUCAUUCACUAUCCCAUAUUCUUUAUUGAAUGCCAACUUAAAACAACAUGAGAUAUUUGUUGAACAAGAAACAAACAAAAUGAAGCUCAUGUUAAAAGAUAUUAAUGAUAUGAUGAUUUCGGGUACCAUCGAUGGUGAAGAGCAGGCCCUCGUGGAAUUAAAUGCGUUGAUUAAAAAUGUUAAUACUUUUGAAAAAGAGCUCCAUAUAAAAGUAGACAAAGAGGGGCAGCUACUAAAGCGAAUUAAACAUAGAACUGCCUUUUAUAAUGAAAUGAAUAACAAUUAUUUAAAAGGUGAUAAUAUUAGUAUUAUUGACUGGUAUCAGAAAUAUACAAAUUUAUUAAUAGCAGAUUACCUGAUACGAAAUUGCACAUUGGAACAACAACAACGAGUUGUUGAAGAAACACAUGACAAAGAUACAUGUAAUCCUGGUGUUCUGUUUUUGAAACAGCAACACAUGGAAGAUUUGCUUGAUACAGAUAUAUUGAUAAGAGCUAAUACUAUAAGCACAGCUCUAACAGGCGAACAUGAUUUAAACCCCCUAAUGGAAUGGAUACAGCAUAAUAAACAAAUGUUAGCAAAGAAAAGAUCUCCUUUGGAGUUUAAGGCAAAUUUUCAACGCUACAUUGAAUUAUUAUUAAGGUUUGAUCUUGGAGGAGCCAUUCACUGUUUACAAACAUGUCUAUUUACAUAUAUCGGAGAUCAUUUUGACGAGGUGACUGGUGCCUGUGGAUUGCUGGUAUAUAUGGAAAGAUGUGUUGAACAAGUAACAUACAACGAAAAAAUAUUGCAAGAUGAAGGUGAAACCUGUGAUAUACAUUAUAAUGAACAUAAAUCUGGAACUGUAUUCUCUAAUCAAGAUGUUGCUUAUCGAUAUUUUUUUAAUCGUUCUCCACCAAUGGAUUAUUCGCAAAGUAUAAAUUCAAAAAAUCCUAUCAACGCAGCUAACGUUCAACAUAUAUUUAAUGCCAAAAAUCUUGAGAAAUACACUACUCUGUUGGAUCAGAACAGUUGGUUGAAAUUAAAUGAGUUAUUCUUGGAUGAAUAUUAUUCAAUGUAUAAAAUUCCAAAGAAUGAUCCUUUGUUGAUCUAUAUUUCAAUGGGUAUAUCUGCAAUGAAGACCAAGGAAUGUUUGCAUAAUCAUCCUUCAAUCGACCCUCGUUAUAAUGUUCUUGAACAUUAUUCAACAGCUGAUAAAUUAGAGAAUCAAUGUCCUGUAUGUUCGGAAUAUUUUGCACCUCUAUCUGAGAAGCUACCAUAUGCACAUCAUACUGAAUCGAAACUUUUCGAGAAUCCUGUAAUGUUACCAAGUGGGAACGUUUUUGAUUCAGCUAUAUUGAAACUAUUGGCAAAAACACUUCGUAAGAAAGGUAUUGUGAAACUGAAUCGCAACGAAGUUAUUGAUCCUAUUAAGAAAAUUGUUUAUAAUGAGUCAGACUUCAUCACUAUGUACCCCACAUAG